UCAACGGUGAAUAGUGGGUAGGACUUGAUGCCCGCAACCUGAAGAUUGUCACACUACUGUGACAGCCAGGUGGUGUACGGUGCUGUCGAUAAUCGGAUGUCUAGAAGCUGAAAGCUGCCGCCGCGACUUCGACGUCUUGUACGGGACCACUUCGACGGUAUGGAGUCAGAUGAUGAAUUCAAUCAGUUUGUAAUGAACGACCUGAUUGAUCCGUCAUCUUCGGAUGAUGAGAAUGAUCUGUUUUUUGAUGCCGCGCACGUGAUCGUUGAUGGUUUAGUUAAUCAUCCGGGACGAAUUGGUUCUGUUGAGGGACACGCGGUAGUGCAUCGUGACAGACUGUUACACCAUGCUCUUCUUUACAAAGACUAUUUCUCAGAUAAUCCUACGUUCAAUUCAAAGACUUUUAGACGGAGGUUUCGGAUGAGGCGACCUGUAUUUCUUCGCAUAAUGAAUGCUGUUGAGGAACAUGACAACUAUUUUGUGCAGAAGAGGAAUGCUGCUGGUGUGCUAGGUCUAUCUUCUCUUCAAAAGGUCGUUGCGGCUUUCCGUAUGUUAGCUUAUGGAGUUCCGGCUGACGCUUUGGACGAAUACAUUCGUAUUGGUGAGAGUACCGCUCUGGAAGCUUUGCGAAAGUUUGUAGUAGCUGUUGUUGAGGUAUUCGGACCAGAGUACAUGAGAUUGCCUAACGAACAGGAUAUAGCUAGGUUGCUUGCAAUUGGAGCAAGCAGAGGAUUUCCAGCUGAGGGGGAAGGUCCACAAGUUAAGUACAACAUCAAUGGGCAUGAUUAUUCAAUGGGAUAUUAUCUAGCAGAUGGCAUAUAUCCAUCGUGGGCAACUUUUGUUAAGACCAUUCCAGAGCCACAAGGUAAUAAGAAAAAAUAUUUUGCAAAGGCACAAGAAGCCUGUCGAAAGGAUGUUGAAAGGGCAUUUGGGGUUCUACAAUCUCGCUUUGCUAUAGUUCGUGGGCCGGCUCGUUUGUGGGAUGAAGACACACUCCAUGAUAUUAUGAUGGCUUGCAUCAUACUGCAUAAUAUGAUUGUUGAAGACGAACGGGAUGAGUACGGAGGAGAACAAGUUUACAACUUCGACGAUAUGGGACAAUAUCUUUGCAACUACGACGACAUGGGACAAAGGGUGAUAGUGUCGCACAAUUCUUCACCUGAACUCGAUGCAUUCAUUCAAAAAUACAAAAAUAUCAAGAACAAGGAAACCCACUAUCAGCUUAAGGCAGACCUGAUCGAGCACUUGUGGCAAAACCAUUCUGAGUUAUAUAAAAUUGAUUAA